CUCCGGCGGCAGCGGCGGCGGCGGGGGCACCUGGCGCCCUCCUCGGGGCUCCUCGUCGCCGGGACAACCGGGAUUGCCGCCGCCGCGCCUCUGCCAUGGUUUUCUCAAAUAAUGAUGAAGCCCUUAUUAACAAAAAACUACCCAAAGAACUUCUGUUAAGAAUAUUUUCUUUCUUGGACAUAGUUACUUUGUGUCGCUGUGCACAAGUUUCCAAGGCAUGGAAUGUUUUAGCUCUGGAUGGAAGCAACUGGCAAAGAAUAGACCUCUUUAACUUCCAGACGGAUAUAGAGGGUCGUGUUGUGGAAAAUAUAUCAAAAAGGUGUGGUGGCUUCCUGAGACAGCUUAGUCUGAGAGGAUGUCUUGGUGUUGGAGACUCCUCUUUAAAGACCUUUGCGCAGAACUGCAGAAACAUCGAACACUUAAAUCUGAAUGGGUGCACAAAAAUCACUGACAGCACGUGUUACAGUCUUAGCAGAUUCUGUUCCAAGCUGAAACAUCUGGAUCUGACAUCCUGUGUGGCCAUCACAAACAGUUCUUUAAAAGGCUUAAGUGAGGGUUGCAGAAAUCUGGAACAUUUGAAUCUUUCCUGGUGUGAUCAGAUUACGAAGGAUGGUAUUGAAGCACUGGUGAAAGGGUGUAGUGGACUAAAAGCUCUAUUUCUUAGAGGUUGCACACAGUUAGAAGAUGAAGCAUUGAAACACAUUCAAAAUCACUGUCAUGAGCUUGUAAUCCUGAAUUUGCAAUCGUGUACACAAAUUUCAGAUGAAGGCAUUGUGAAAAUCUGUAGAGGAUGCCACAGGCUGCAGUCACUCUGUGUUUCAGGCUGUAGCAACCUGACAGAUGCUUCUCUCACAGCACUUGGUCUGAACUGUCCAAGGCUGAAGAUUCUGGAAGCUGCAAGAUGUUCACAUCUCACAGAUGCUGGGUUUACCCUUCUGGCACGGAAUUGCCAUGAGCUGGAGAAGAUGGACUUGGAAGAGUGUGUUUUGAUAACUGACAGCACAUUGAUACAACUUUCCAUACACUGUCCUAAGCUUCAAGCAUUGAGCUUAUCUCACUGUGAACUGAUCACUGAUGAUGGGAUUCUUCAUCUGAGCAACAGCACGUGUGGGCACGAGCGGCUGCAGGUGCUGGAGCUCGAUAACUGUCUCCUCAUCACGGACGUGACUCUGGAGCACCUGGAGAACUGCCACAACCUGGAGAGAAUCGAGCUGUACGACUGCCAGCAGGUCACACGAGCUGGCAUCAAACGGAUCAGAGCUCAUCUACCUCACGUGAAAGUUCAUGCUUACUUUGCUCCAGUGACUCCCCCUCCGUCGGUGGGAGGGAGCGGACAGCGCCUCUGCAGAUGCUGCAUUAUCCUCUGACAGCCAGAGCAGCCACACAGGAAAUGUUGUUGUUGAAGAAUGGGAUGGCAAGUCAGCAGAAGGAGUCGGUUUCCUGACAAGUCCUAAUGGUGGUGUUUGGGUGUUUGGUCAUCCAGUUUUGUGACAAGAAAAGCUUUUUUUUUUUCCAGGUAAAAAUCUUAACGUAAUGUGCAGCUGUGGAUUAAGUUGGUGAUGCUUUGGUUUGUAUUAGUAACUCCUUCCUUCUGUUGGCAUGAGAACUGUGGUACCGUGUCAAACGUGUGGGCAUUGCAGCGGAGCAGCUACUUGGUGGAAGUUCACAAAACUUGGAAGUUAAUUUGCAUUUGUCAGCACUGCUUGGUGUGAAGUGCCGCUGUCACGUGGGGUUCGAGCUGCCAUGCCAAGGAACUGAGCCUGCUGUUCUGUAAUAUACACACACACACAGGUUUUAAAGACAAAUCAGCUUUAGCAGAUGUUGACCAAAAAAUGCAAAGUAAUCAUAAGCUCCUACAGUAAAACAGCAGCUUGUUCUUUUUCAUGAUUCAGCUUCAUAUUUAAUUAUGUAACAGGACAUAAUAGGUAAUGUCUAAGGUAAGGUAGUACCUCCAGAUACCAUAGAACUAGAAGUACUUCCCAAGUUUUUGGACUUGGUUCAGUUGAACUCUGCUGGUACAAAGCUUGGCGGUCACCGAUGCAGGUUGUGCCCGAUGCCAUCGGCCUUGAACGGGGUAAGAAAUGCACGUGGAGCCCGUGCACUCUGCUGUGCCUGCUGCCACAUCCAGCCCUGGAGCUGCCACAUCCAGCCCUGGAGCUGCCACAGCCGGCCAUGGAGCUUCCGCCAACGCCAUCCCCGCAGGCUGGAAGGAAAGGAUGCAGCGCUUCCAGGAGGACAGGUGCAGAACAGAUGCUUUUCUACAGAUGAAUGGAAAACAAGUUCAGCUACAGAAGGCAGGAUGGAGCAAGGAAUUCAGUUUGGCCCACCUAUUUUAGGGACAAGCAUAUGGGCUGAGCUGUAGGCAGGAGUUGAACCAUACCAAACCUGUGGUUUUCAAAUGUAGAAAGCCAAACUCUUCACAUUUGGUUAAGAAGCUGUCAGCUUCUGAAUGAUAAUAAUGAUGAUAAAAAUAUGUGUAUUAACUCUUAAGGCCAUGCUUUCAUCCUUAGUUUUUCAGUGCUAGACAAUUAGAUAAACUUUUUAUAUUAAGCAAUUAAAUUAACUGAGAGAAACUACUUGACAAUUCAGAAAGCUUUUUUUGUGUAAGUUUGACUGUGUGUGUGUUUUAAGAGUUCGGGGCCCGUGUUUACUGAAAAUUAAGAAGCAGUUGGAAAAGCUACAACUGGACAGUACUGCCAUUGCCCCCCUGCAAAUUUUAAACGACUUCUAAGAAGGAGUGAGCAUGAACAGGAACUUGUGGGGCCAGCUGGGUUGUGUGCACUCACAGAGGAGAGGGACAGUAAAUUAAGAGCUCAGCUUUGGGGCUAAAUUCCACCUUAGACUACAGUACAUGGAUUUCUUCACUAGUACAAAGUAAGCCAAUCUGGGCUUCCUUUGCACAGUAGUGGAGUGCUGUUACAAUCAUACUGAAGAGUUCCAUUCAGUCACUGCUGGUCUCAUGAGAGUUUUAUCCAGAUUUUAUUCUCAACUGUACCAGGGCAGUCAUUGGUACCAAUAUGUCAAUAUGUGUUGCCUUUUGUUGGCUCAUUUUUUUUCUAAGACCAUAACGAACCUUGUAAGUCUAUUGCAUUGAAGAUGUACAAAAACAAAUGGAAUCUACUCUGAUAUAGGACACUUAAAUAAACAAUCAGCUGAUGUCAAAUU